AUGUCGCCUCCCAAAUCUACCCCAAGCAGAGCCGGGAAACUGCUCAUCCCCGGAAUCUAUGGCCCUCAUCCCCCGUCUAUCCUCUCGGAGGACGAUAUUACGGAGAUUAGGGGGUCAUGUGGUAUCGCGUUGGAGGUCAAAAUUCUGAUCCCGAGUGCCAGCGAGUCGCUGGAGAAUCCUCCCCCCGGCUACUGCUGUGCAUUUGUCAAGUUUUUUUCUGCGUGUGGACUUCCUUUCCCGCUCCCAGAACUCAUCAUUCAGAUGAUGUCCGAGCUUGGUUUUGCUCUCCCCCAAAUGUGUCCGAAUUUUGUUCGGACUGUUCUCUAUCUUCAGACUCUGGCGGAGGAGCAUGGCUAUAAGUUAUCCCUUGCGGAUUUCCUCCACAUCUACACCGUGAAGACGGGGCGAACCAAGGGCACUUUAUAUGUGAGCCCUCUUUCUGGUCUUAAGGUCUUUGACGACCUCCCCGAAAAAGACGAAAAUGGCAGAAAUUUUCACUUCGAGCGUGGUCAGCUCUCCCCUACCUUUGUCGAAUACUUUUCCUGGCCUUGUGAAGGUCAGAUCGCUUGGGAUUCGUUCUCGUGCGAACGAAUCAGAGAGUCCGGAGCUCGACUUAGGAGCUGUUCCUACAUUUUGUCUACCGAACCUCGCUUUCUUGAUACCUCUUCCAUGGCUUACAGAGAAGAGAAAGCUUUCAGGAGAGACCUGGAGAAUACCAAGAAAGAGGCGAAGAGGUUGAUGUCCAACUCCCUGGCAAAGGGCAAAGCUCACAUCCCGGCGAAAAGCCCUGACUCUUGCGCUUCUAAAGAAAGCGGUGUCCCUGCCCCGGUUUCUGAGUGCGGUCGAGCUGCUGGUGGCUCGCAGCAGACGGAGCUAUCGAAGAAGAGGAAAGAACCUGAAACUUCUUCCUCUUCCCGUGAGAAGGUUCGAGCCCGAACUAGCUCCUCUGGAGACGGGCGAAGCAGAUCUGGUUCGAGGGAUGGAGUACCUCCCUCCGAGAAGAAAUUCGGGGAUCCUCUUCAGGCUAAAGAGUCCGGAGGUCCCUCCAGUAAGCUUCCCCCAAAGGAACAGCGUUACUCUUCCCGAGCUCCUCCUCCCUCUCCAGCGGACUUAAUGAGGAGUUUCGUUCGGCCUGGGGUUCGUGUUCUGCCUUUUGCGGACAUGUCCGAGGUUAACCGCAGAAACUUCUUCCGAUUUACGGAUAGGGUUGGCGAGAUGAUGAUUGAGUUCAACAACUCUAUUGCCUCGUAUGAAAAUCAACUUUUUGCCUCACCUUCAGUCUCCGAAAUGACAAAGCUAAAAGACAAGGUGGCCGAGCUAGAGAUCCAGGUGGAGGAGUUCACCGGACUAGAGGCAAUAAAUGCCAAAACUGUAGAGAAGGCCGAGCAGAUUCGAUCCCGGGUGAAGAAAGCUGAGCUUCAAGUACUCGACCUCGGGAUCGCCAAUGAGGAUCUUAGGGGGAAGUUGAAGAAAGCCGGUGACCUUUACUAUGAGGCCGCGGAGAGCGAGAAGGCUGCUAAGAACAAGCUUCAUGUGGUCAAACUCCGCAACCAACUCUUGGAGGCCAGUCACAGCUGCGAGAUGGAGAAGGUUCGGAGAGAAGAGCGCCAAUCGAUGAGGCGGUCCCUUUGCUCCUUGAUUGAGGAUGUGAGAGCUCACUUCGAGGAGAGGGAGCAUCUAACCCCAGAUUUGGUCAGGGCUGCUGAGAUUAAGGCAAACCGGAUGCUGAUCGAACAAAUCUCGAAGGGUGAGAUUGCAGACCUCGAAGCCGAACUCGAAUCUAUCCUAGCUGACGAGGAAAAGGCCGACGGCGAUGUCGUGAAGAUGUCGAACCAGGAACUGGAGGUGAUUAGAGCUAACACUCCCAUGGCUGAUGCGCCCGAGGUGUCGCUGUCUGAGCUUUUUCUUAACGUUCCUGAGGAGUUGACCGUGAGCGCUGUGGAUCACAGUUCGGGCCCUGAUCUCCCUUCUACCUCGUGA